AUAAAAUUUGCAUUCACUAUUAUUUCAAAACCUAAAGCUUUCCUCGUCCAUUCUUUCCUCAUAAAUCUUCACCUUUAUUGAGUGACAAGAUGAUCAGCACCAAGAAGCUCCUCAAAUUAGCAAGAAAAUGGCAAAAGAUGGCUGCUAUCAGGCGAAAACGAAUCUCAUUUCCGCAAACUAUUGCAAGUGCAGAUUCAAGCAGUUGCAGCACAUCAUCAAAAGCUGAGAAGGGUUGUUUUGUUGUGUACUCCGCGGAUCAAAAACGGUUUCUGCUUCCCUUAGAAUAUCUUAACAAUGAAAUAAUCAGAGAGUUGUUGCACAUGGCAGAAGAUGAGUUUGGAUUGUCGAGCAAGGGGCCUCUCACAUUACCAUGUGAAGCAGAGCUAAUGGAAUAUGCAAUUUCUUUGAUUAAGCAACAAGUUAAUAGAGAUGUAGAAAUGGCAUUGUUGAGUUCCAUAGCUAACAGUUGUUCUUCAUCAUCUUUCCGUCUCCAGCAGUUACCAAUUUAUAGCUGCUAAAGAGAUGUAACAGAUUUGUAAAAAGUACAUAUAUGCCUAAUUUAAUUGAUAGAUUAUAUGACAAUCCUGUAAAGUUUUCCAUGAA